AUGACCAGGACAGAUGAGAGGACGCCGCUGCUCAAGCAGCCCAUCGUCGACCCCCUGGCCCUCAGCCCGACUCGCAAGAGGCUCAUCGUCAUUACCGCCAUGCUCACUGGUUUUCUCUCGACUCUAGACCUCACCAUCGUGGCAACUUGUAUCGCAACCAUCUCCUCAGAGCUCAAAUCGUCAGACCAGGAAGCCUGGAUCGGUACCGCUUACCUUUGGAGUAACGUCACAUUCACCCCCUUGUACGGUCGUCUUAGUGACCUCCUCGGUCGCCGCGGCGCUUACCUCCAAGCCCUCGUCCUCUUCACCGUCGGCACCUUCUUCUGCGGCUGUGCGCCCUCUUUUGGGUGGCUUGUCCUGGCACGCUUCGUCGCUGGAAUGGGUGGAGGCGGUAUGGGAACAGUCUCGAGUGUGCUCAUGGCAGACAUCUUUACGCCUGCGGAGAGAGGGUUCUAUCAAGGCAUCAGUUUUGCCGUAUUCGGUGCAGGAACAGGCUUGGGCGGACCUAUCGGUGGGAUCCUGACUCAGGCUUUCGGAUGGAGGGCAGCUUUCUACGCUCAAGUGCCCAUCGCUAUCCUCAGUAUCUUUCUCGCCUUCCUUACUGUACCCAACUUCAACCACGAACCGUUCGACUGGCGUCAUCUAAAGCAAAUCGAUUUUGGAGGAUCCCUCUCCCUCCUCAUCUCUAUCGGUGCACUCCUCCAGCUCUUGUCAAGGACAGGCGGAAGCUCUUCCCUCGCCGAUGACCCAUUCGGUAUCGCCAUGGCUGUCAUCUGCCCUCUCUUCUUCCUCAUCUUCAUCUUUGUCGAGCUUAAGCUUGCUUCUAAACCCGUCUUGCCUCUGUCUCUGCUAUCGAGGAGGACGCCGCUUUGUGUGGGGAUCAUCGCCAGUGCGAUCGCCGUGGUCAACUAUAAUCAGAUGUACCACCUCCCGAUGGUAUUCGAAAUUGUUUUCAAACAACCAGUCUCCCUCGCCGGCGCGCACCUCCUCCCCAACUCUCUCGCCAUGACAAUCUCAGCCCCUAUCAUGGGGUACAUUGUCAAGACCUCCGGUCGAUACAAAUGGCUCACUGUACUCAACUGUGCGGGACCUGUGGUGGCUAUGACCCUCUUGACGAGAUUGACGCCGGAGAGUAGCUGGGCGAGUCAGUGGCUGAGUGUGUUGCCCAUGGGAGCAGGAUUCACCGCAAUGCUGAACUCUGUCGAACGCCACGAAAUAGCAACUUCAACAGGCUUCGUAUUCGUCUGGCGCUCCCUAGGCCAAGUCCUCGGCGUCGGCCUCUCCAGCGCCGUAUUCCAAGGAUCUCUCUCGAACCAGCUCUCUCAACGUUUCUCCAACCCAGCCAUCAUCGACAAACUGCGACAUGCCUCGCAUUCGAUCGCAGAGCUGCCGGAAAAGUGGCAGAGGGUCCAGGCGAGGGAGGCGUAUGGGAUUUCGUUGAGGAAUACGUUCCUCUUUGGGCUGGGGGGCGCGGUGUUGGUCUUUGUGACUUCGUUGUUUAUCCCGGAUGAUGUGAUCCAUGAUCCCAAAACGCCUGUACCAAUCGCGCCUAUCCCUGAUGAAGAUUUUGAUGAGGAAGUGUAG